GAGGCAGCGGCGGCUGCUGCCAUGGUGGCUGGCGGCCGGGUGAGGGUCUGAGUGGAUCUUCUGCUAGGCCAGAACGCCUUUAGAGGGCGCGACGGAAGGCGAGAGUUUGCAGUCAGGGCGGCAGGUGCAGCAUGUCUAGAUUGGGGGCCCUGGGCGGCGCCCGCGCCAAGCUGGGACUGUUGCUGGGUACUGCUGCCGGCCUUGGAUUCCUGUGCGUCCUCUACAGCCAGCGGUGGAAACGGUCCCAGCGCCAUGGCCGGAGCCAGAGCCUGCCCAACUCCUUGGAAUACACGCAGACUUCAGAGCCCAGACGCCAGGUGAUGCAGUUGCGGUCCGUCCCAGGUGAGGCUGGAGAUGCUGCAGUACUGCCCAGCCUUCCACAGGAAGGGCAGGAGAAGGUGCUGGAUCGUCUGGACUUUGUGCUAACCACUCUUGUGGCAUUGCGGCGGGAGGUGGAGGAGCUGAGGAGCAGCCUGCAAGGGCUUGCUGGGGAGAUUGUUGGGGAGGUCCGAUCCAACAUGGAAGAGAACCAGAGAGUGGCUCGGCGGCGAAGGUUCCCAUUUGUCCGGGAGAGGAGUGACUCCACUGGCUCCAGCUCUGUCUACUUCACGGCCUCCUCAGGAGCCAUGUUCACAGAUGCCGAGAGUGAAGGGGGCUAUACUACAGCCAAUGCCGAGUCUGACUAUGAGCGGGACUCUGACAAGGAGAGUGAUGACGGGGAAGAUGAAGUAAGCUGUGAGACUGUGAAGAUGGGGAGAAAGGAUUCUCUGGAUCUGGAGGUGGAGGCAGCUUCGCAUCCAGUGCCUGGUGCCUUCGAGGCUGGAGUCUCCUCGGGCCUGGAGGACGUGCUGCCCCUCCUGCAGCAGGCAGAUGAGCUGCACCAGGGCAGCGAGCAGAGCAAGCGGGAGGGUUUCCAGCUGCUGCUCAACAACAAGCUGGUGUAUGGAAGCCGGCAGGACUUUCGCUGGCGCCUGGCCCGGGCCUACAGUGACAUGUGUGAGCUCAGUGAUGAGGUGAGCGAGAAGAAGUCAUAUGCCCUAAAUGGAAAAGAAGAAGCAGAGGCUGCUCUGGAGAAGGGGGAUGAGAGUGCCGAAUGCCACCAGUGGUAUGCAGUGCUUAGUGGUCAGCUGGCUGAGCAUGAGGGCAUCCAGAGGCGCAUCCAGAGUGGCUUUAGCUUCAAGGAACAUGUGGACAAAGCCAUUGCUCUCCAGCCAGAAAACCCGAUGGCCCACUUUCUUCUUGGCAGGUGGUGCUACCAGGUUUCUCACUUGGGCUGGUUAGAAAAAAAAACUGCUACAGCUUUGUUUGAAAGCCCUCUCAGUGCCACUGUGCAGGAUGCCCUCCAGAGCUUCCUAAAGGCUGAAGAACUACAGCCAGGAUUUUCCAAAGCAGGAAGGGUAUAUAUUUCCAAGGUUUUCACUGUUGUCUCUUCUCAGUGCUACAGAGAACUAGGGAAAAACUCUGAAGCUAGACAGUGGAUGAAGUUGGCUCUGGAGCUGCCAGAUGUCACUAAUGAGGAUUCGGCUUUCCAGAAGGACCUGGAAGAAUUGGAAGUAAUUUUAGGAGAAUAAUCACACUUCAAUGGCCUUCAUGACUUGAGGGACACCACCACUUACAGGGAAAAAUCAAGGAUUUCUUCCUUAGACCCUGUUGGGAUCAGGAACCCAAGACUGAUUUAGGGAGUAUCUUGACUCCUGGGUAUGACUGCCACCCACUACCAUCCCCCAAUUUCUUGUCUGUUGUCCAUCAGUUAAUUUAUUCUACUCACUUACCUAAUCUAAAAUUGGGAAAGUACUUGUGGCCAGAUUUUUCUGUUCUCCCCCUUAAGUGAAUUCUUGAAAAAUCAAGAAUAGUCUAGCACUUGUCCUAAGGUUAAGUGUGGGUGGAGCCCUGGAGGCUGCUAGAGCUGAGAGGAUGAAGCAGUAGCACUGCCUUUCAACUGCCGGUGAGGUAGAUGAACUUCAAAGAGCUACAGGAACAAAGCACAGAAGUUGUCACUUUCUAAUCUUUUCCACUGAUUGAUUAAUAUUCAACACCUAGUAUACAGUCCUAAAUCACACCCUACCUACUACAGCAAAAAGAGGGGUCAAAGUAGUCCAUGAAUAAUGCCCUCUUAUCACCUAUUGUGGAUUUUAUUUGUAUUCCUGGGCUGAGAGUCUGGACCACUUGAUUUCCAGAGUUCUGACAGCUUUUGGAAUGACAGCAGUGGCAUAGGGUUUAUGAUACUGUGAAACGAUGAUUUGAAUAGUUGCCUGGAAUAUAUUUUGAUACAAACUUGAAA